AACAAGUUUACGGUUUGCCAUUUGCCCCAUUUCUAAGUCUGUUUGUCGUCGUUAUCCAUUCCAUCGAAAGUCGAAACUAGUAUGCACCGAGCAAGUAAGUGAAACUUGUGGACCCCACCACCUUCUUCUUCUUCCUCCCCCAAACGGUUUCUGAAAACUCCAAAAACCCUAAACUCCACCAUCUUCAAUUCAACCUUCAAUGCCCUCUUUCCCCUUCUCAAGAAUUCCUCCCCCAAUUUAACCCAUAAACCCUAGAUUAUAUAUUUCAAUUUCUCGAUCUUCUUCUCUUUCUCUCAAAUUCACGCACAAAAACCUUUCAUGGAUGCAUCCGUGAAGCCAGAAUCGGAAUCUAGAACCGGUUUGCUUGAUCAGGAAAUGCCAGCGGUGAAUGGUUGCAUUGUUUACACUCGAGGCAAAAGGUCUCUCAAUCCGUGUAAUGGUUUUUCCGAGGACGUUGAUUGCAAGAGAUUCAGGGAAGAUGCGGAGACGCCGAUUGAGUUGGAGAAUGGAGUUGAUUGUUGCACGGGGAGUAGAGAUGAUGGCGAGUGUGGUGAUGCGAUGAAGAGUGAGGUUCGUGAGGUUGCGGAAACGGCGGUCAAGCGGAUUACGAGAUCGGCGAUGAAAGCGGAAGUUGAGUCCAGUAAGGUGCCGGUAAGGAGUUUCAAGCGGAUUACACGAUCUGCUAUGAAAACGAAAGUUGAGUCCGAUGGGAAGACGGUGAAUGUGUUAGAACAAAGUGGUGCUGCAGUUGGUGCGGUGCCAGUGAGAAAUUUGAAGCGGUUUACACGUUCAGCAAUGAAAGAAAAGGUUGAGUCUCGUGAAGAGACUGUGAAUGUGGUAGAACAACAAGGUGCUGCAGAUGUAAGUGGUAAAGGCGAUUGUGUGGUGCCAGUGAGAAAUUCGAAGCGGCUUACACGUUCAGCUAUGAAAGAAAAGGCUGAGUCUCGUGAAGAGACUGUGAAUGUGGUAGAACAAUUAGGUGCUGCAGAUGUAAGUGGUAAAGGCAAUGGUGUGGUGCAGGUGAGAAAUUCGAAGCGGUUCACACGCUCAGCAGUGAAAGAAAAGGCUGAAUCCUGUGAAGAGACGGUUACUGUUGUAAAACAACAAGGUGAUGCAGUUGUAAGUGGUAAAAGCAAUGGUGCAGUGCCAGUGAGAAAUUUGAAACGGUUUACACGUUCAGCAAUGAAAGAAAAGGGUGAGUCCUAUGAGGAGACGUUGGCUGUGGUAAAACAACAAGAUGCUGCAGUUGUAAGUGGCAAAGGCAAUGAUGGCCAUGUGGUGCCAGUGAGAAAUUUGAAGCGGUUUACACGAUCAGCAAUGAAAGAAAAGGCUGAGUCCUGUGAAGAGACACUCAAUGUGGUAGAACAACAAGGUGCUGCAGUUGUAAGUGGUAAAGACAAUGGUACGGUGGGGAUGUUCAAGCGGUUUACCCGAUCGGCGGGGAAAGUGACGGCUGAAUCCGGUGAGGAGACAGUGACUGAGUUAGAACAGCAGGGUGCUGCCGUUGCAAGUGGUGAAGGUUCAGUGAGGAUGUUCAAGCGGAUUACACGAUCAGCUUCCAUGAAAGCAAAUCCUGAGUCCGGUGAGGAAACAGUGACCAAGUUAGAAAAAAAAAGGGCCGCCGUUGUGGGUAAUAUCAAUGGUGUGUUAGCUGCUCCGAGAAACAAGAUGGAGUUGAAGAUGUCAAAGAAGAUUGUGGUUAAUAAGAAGCCUACAACAGUCAAAGAGCUCUUGCAUACCGGAUUACUUGAUGGCAUCUCUGUGGUUUACGUUGGCGGCCUCAAGAAGGCACUAGGAUUAAAGGGUGUUAUAAGUAAUGGGGGAAUAUUGUGCUCGUGCUGUCUCUGUAAAGGAAGCAGGGUUAUUCCACCUUCCCAAUUUGAGAUCCAUGCUUGCAAACAAUAUAAGAGAGCAGUAGAGUAUAUAUGCCUUGAAAAUGGGAAGAGCCUGCUUGAUCUGUUGAGAGCGUGCAGGAGAGCUCCCCUGCAUGAUUUGGAGGCAACAAUUCAAAAUUUUGUUCGCUCUCCACCCGAGGAAAAAUAUUUUACUUGUAAAAGGUGCAAAGGAUGUCUCCCUUCUUCUUGUAUGGAAAGAGCGGGACCUAUAUGCUCUUCUUGUGCAGAAUCAUGUAAACCUGAAGAAAGCUCGAAGAAUGUAGUUGGCAAAAGAGUCAGGUCCCCUAGGCCAGUGUUGGUCUCCAAGUCAUCCUGUGCUACUGAGCUGUCAAUUUCUUCAAAAAGUAAGAGACAUGGGAAGAAAAGAACAAAGUCAUCAAAAAGGGACAACAGCUCAAAUUCUUCCAAGAGUGCUUCUGUGCCUAUUCUACCCCAGAAGAAAAUUACUCUGAAGACGAAAAAGAAUGUUAUUACCAGGUCACUCUCCGUAAAGUUGAAGACCACUUCAAAUUGUUUAUCGAAGAGUCAAUUGAAGAUAACUAAGAAGGAUUUUCGGUUGCACAAGUUAGUUUUUGAGGAAAAUGGAUUGCCUGAUGGAACUGAAGUAGCUUAUUAUGCAGGCGGACAGAAAUUGCUUGAAGGUUUCAAAAUGGGCUCUGGAAUUUUGUGUAGAUGUUGCAACACUGAGAUCAGCCCCUCACAGUUUGAGGUCCAUGCAGGCUGGGCUUCUCGCAAGAAACCUUAUGCAUACAUUUACACAUCAAAUGGGGUGUCUCUCCAUGAAUUAUCAAUAUCGCUCUCCAAGGACCGAAAAUACUCUGCAAAGGACAAUGAUGAUUUAUGCGUUGUUUGUUGGGAUGGUGGAAAUCUGUUGCUUUGUGAUGGAUGCCCAAGAGCAUUUCAUAAAGAAUGUGCAUCUAUAUCAAGUAUUCCACGUGGUGACUGGUACUGUCAAUUUUGCCAAAACAUGUUCCAGAGAGAAAAGUUUGUCGCAUACAAUAACAAUGCUUUUGCUGCUGGAAGAGUUGAAGGAGUUGAUCCUAUUGAGCAAAUCACCAAGAGAUGCAUUCGCAUAGUCAAAGACAUUGAUGCUGAGCUUAGUGGGUGUGCUUUAUGCAGGGGUGUUGACUUCAGCAGGUCUGGCUUUGGUCCACGUACAAUAAUACUGUGUGAUCAGUGUGAAAAGGAGUAUCAUGUUGGCUGUUUGGGGGAUCACAAGAUGGCAUUUCUAAAGGAAUUGCCAAAAGGUAACUGGCUUUGCAGCGAUGAUUGCAAGAGAAUACAUUCUACUUUGGAGAAUGUUUUAGUUAGAGGGGCUGAGAGACUCCCUCAGUCUCUCUUGUCUGUUAUAGAGAAAAAGCAUGGAGAAAAAGGAUUGGAUCCCAUCAAUGAUAUUAAUGUGAGUUGGAGGCUUCUUAGUGGAAAAAAUGCUUCUCCUGAAACUAGACCAUUGCUUUUGGAGGCUGUCUCUAUCUUUCAUCAAUGCUUUGAUCCUAUAGUUGAUGAAGCCAGCGGACGCGACCUUAUUAGAGCAAUGGUUUAUGGAAAGAGUGUGCGGGGUCAAGAAUUUAGAGGAAUGCAUUGUGCAUUACUAAUAGUCAAUUCAUCUGUGGUAUCUGCCGGCAUGCUUCGAAUCUUCGGCACUGAUAUUGCCGAACUUCCUUUAGUUGCAACAAGUAACAGUCAUCAUGGGAAGGGCUACUUCCAAGCACUCUUCUCCUGCAUCGAACGGCUACUGGCUUUUAUGAAAGUAAAGAAUCUUGUGCUACCAGCUGCAGAAGAAGCACUGUCCAUAUGGACAGAUAAAUUUGGGUUUAGCAAGAUUAAACCAGACGAGCUUGCCAGCUACAGAAGGAACUGCAACCAAUUUGUGAACUUCAAAGGGACAAAUAUGCUUCAUAAAAUGGUGCCUCCAUGUCGAAUCAUCAAUAAUCAACCCCCACAAAUUUUUAUCGAGAAAAAGUCAAUCAUGGAAGCGGAAACCUCGUAGCCUUCUCGCCUCCCUUUUUUUUCUUCCUCCUUUCAGAUAGAUAGUUAUGUGAAUAUAUAUGCUGUCGGCUACUUUAAGCCAUUAAUUAUUCAACCCAUUCCUGUCAAUUAUUUAGACAUGACCCAUGAUGUUUUCAAUGUUAAUUAUAGUUUUAAGUAAACAGAUGUUCUUGAUCUUGGAUAUUGUUUCUAAGUUUAACAAGCUCGACUAGUUAAUUGUUGCCCACAACAGAAGUUUCA